AGGUUCAGGAAUAUAUAGUGGCGAGUGGGAGCGAGGAAUCCGGUGAACUAUUCAACUUUUUUCCCUCGGCGGAUUAUUUCUGACGAGACUCGAUCGAAAAGCAGCAGAGGGUAUUAAGGGUUAAUUGCCGGUAUUCGACCUACGGGAUCAUCCAGAAUCCGAAGAGCCCAAGAAUUCGUGACCAACUUCCCGAGCAACCGUGAAUGGGAAUUUAUUCCGGAAUAGACAUGGACAACCGUGAUCCGAACCACCUCAAUUCCCACUUGCAGGUGAUGUGGGAUGACGUCAUAGGAGAGCCAGAGGGGAUUUCAUCCCCGGAUUGCACAUGGAAAUGCUCGGCUAUGCUCUUCACCAUGAUGAAGCAAGCCAUUUACUUGCUUCUGACGGUCAUCUUCGCUCCGUUUGCUGCUUGCUGUCUCGGAGCUCAGUUCGCCUGUCUCAGCUGUUGCCAUAUUUGGUGCUGCAUGCCCUGUCUGCGCACCUACAAGAUCAACUGCGCCAUGUGGAAGAACUUCUACGAGGUCUGGCUGGCUGCGACCUGCACCCCGUGUUGCGAGUCCAUCGGUCGGGUCUUCUCCAAGGCCCGGGUCCGUUACCAGAGAUUGCCCGACGGCGACGAUGAGGAGAAGAACGUGUUCCAGGUCUAAAAUCAUCGACGACCCCGACGGCCACGCUAUGGGAUAUUAUUUCGGAAAAGGGGAAGAAGUUGCACAGAAACGAGUACUGCAUGCUGGACUCCCGCUAUGCUAUUCAAUGAUCCGGUAUAUUCAAAUAAGGUUUUCUCUGUGGAGGUUUUUUUUUUUUUUUUUUUUAGCCCAUGGGGUUCUUUCCUGGUGUAUGUUAUGAGGUUUCUCUAAAACAAAAUUUCUG